AUGGCCGCCACUCCCACUUCCAUCCAAGACCGCACCCUCGAAUUCCGCUCGAUCCUCAAAGAAGCCCAACGGCGCGCCGCCUCCUCCCGCACCACCCAACAACGGCAAUCCCUCCUCUCCGCCUCCCAAAAAGCCGCCGCCAAUGGCUCCGCGCCGACACCGCGCCAGCGCUCCGAGUUCGCCCGGCGCGCCGCAGACAUCGGCCGGGGCAUCUCCGCCACAAUGGCGAAGCUGGAGCGGCUGGCGCAGUUGGCGAAACGGAAGACCCUGUUCGACGACCGGCCGGUGGAGAUCGCGCAGCUGACAUCCGUGAUCAAGCACGAGCUCGAUGCGCUGAACGGGAACAUCAAGGAGCUGCAGGCGCUGUCGAAAGCAAAACAUCCCGGGGCAGGGAGGGCAGGAGGAGGCGGCGACCAGGAGGGCGAACACGCAAACGAGGUGGUUAUAUCGCUGCAGAAGAACCUGGCGGGCGUGUCGAAGAACUUUCGAGACGUGCUCGAGACGCGGACGAAGAACGAGCUGGCUUCGAAGAGCAGGACCGAGCACUUCGUCUCCAGUGUUUCGGCGCAUAGUCAAGGGUCUGGGGCGCUGGAUACCGCGCGGACGGACUCGCCGCUGUACCAGACGCCGCAGCGAGGGCGGUCGCCGAAACCGGGCUACGGCCCGACCAGCGGCUCGCAGCAGGACCUCCUCUCCCUCGACCCCGGCUUCUCAGGCGGCUCCGCCCUGGCGCGCGCAGGACCGCAUUCGGACCAACAGCUUCUGAUGAUGGAGGAGGCGCAGGCCCCCAACACCUAUAUACAGCAGCGGGGCGAGGCGAUCGAGAUGAUCGAGCGGACAAUGGCGGAUCUGGGGGGCAUAUUUGGACAGUUGGCGCAGAUGGUCUCGGAGCAGGGCGAGACGAUUCAAAGGAUCGAUGCGAACACGGAGGAUGUGGUUGAUAAUGUGGAGGGCGCGCAGAGAGAGCUGAUGAAGUAUUGGGGCCGCGUGAGUGGGAACCGGUGGUUGGUGGCGAAGAUGUUUGGGGUGUUGAUGAUAUUUUUCUUGCUCUGGGUGCUCAUUGCGGGAUAG